GAAGCAAUCAGAGCGAGCAAACUCCGGCGAAAACAAGACGACUUCCUUCCGGGAGGCGGCAGCAGGAGAUACCCCAAGGACACUGCUCUUAGAUGGACAGGGCAGCUAGAGGAUGGAUCCAGAGAUCUCCCUCGUGUUCCAAUGUACUUCCCCUUCGAGCAUCUCCGAGUGUCAGGUCCGAGCUGAACUUUCCCCUCUGUAUGACCGACACCCGUUACCUGGCGACCGGGUCCAGAUCGAGACUGCUUGGGCAGCACGGCGCCAGCGGGAACCGUGGCUCUUUGACGGGGCCAAGUUCCGCCUCCACUCAAUCAAGCAGGAGGGAGGCAUCUUAGUCUUCCGUCUGGGCAUCACUUGCUACAAGGACUUUGCGGGCACCAACCUGGCCAGCCGAGUGGAGCAGCUGCGUCAGCAAGGGCACAAGGAUUUCGGCAACAGCCAGGCCUACCUCGCCGACCCCCUGGGGGUGGGUGCCAUGCUGCAUACGGCGGAUGACAAGUUUGUCUUCUUGCGGCGCAGUCUGUGUGUCGGAGAGGCGCCGGGGAAGAUAGACAUUCCUGGGGGUCAUCCUGAACCACAGGUCAUGACAGGAGAAACCGCCUCAGAGGGACCCAUCUGCCAUCAGGACCUCCCUGGAGAGCUAGUGGUGAAAGAGCUGUUUUCCUCCGUGUUACGGGAAAUUCAGGAUGAGGUUAACCUCCCUCCGCCCACCCUGAGCUGCCCCGUAUUACUUGGAAUAGCUCGGAAUGAGACCAGUGGAGGCCGGGCCAGUGCAGAAUUCUAUGUCAGGUGCAGCCUCACUUCUGAGGAAGUGCAGCAUCACUAUGCCAUUGGGGGCCCUGAAGCCCUGGAGUCCACUAGUGUCCUAUUUGUCACCAGAGAAAACGUCCUGACGAUGGAACAGAGCGGGGACCUGUGGAAAGAGCUGUGCCCUUCGGCUAAAGGGGCCGUAAAACUCUAUACAGGGGUGAUGGGCCAGGGCCGGUGACGUGACCACCGCUAUGAAAUGGCAGGAGGAAGCCAGCGACUCAGGGACUGUUUGGGACUUCCUUGCGUUUUUCUGAACAAAAAUGCCACCUGUUUAGUUGGCACACCUGGAAUAUUACUCCAGGGUUAUACAAUAAGUGGGCUUCCCUGCCACUGCUCUGAAAUGAAACCGGCUGACCUCUUCCUUGGGCUGUGCCCGACCUGCUGCUAACCGUGCCUGUUUGUCAGUCACUUCUCAAUAAAGGCUUGAAAAAAACUUCUUCCA